UAUGGAUCUCUUAGCAACUGAAUACCAGUCAAGUGAAGAGGAAACGACAGAAUCAACUUCUUCUAAACGCACCAAUUUUCCAAGUAAUACCUCACAGAUUGCUAAACGUCCAAAAAUUAAUCUUGCCCCUCACGUUAGCUUGGAGGAUCCAAAACUCUCAACUUCCCUUUACACAAAACCAACUGAUACUCAAAUAACUGUCAACAUCCCUUACGAGGAUUUAAUUCAACCUGUCGUUGGUCCUAAUAAUCCGUUCAGUACUCGAGUAAUUAACCAAAAUGUUCUCACUGGCCAUGUUGAGGAACAAGCCUAUUCCGAAUUUGCUUUCAGAACCCAACAAC